ACUUCGUUACAUACGUUACUAAUAUCAACAAGAAAUUGACAUAUUUAAUAACAUAAACUUGAGUUGGUUGUAGGAAAAAUAAAAUAAAAUUAAGGGGUUGGACUAGUAGUCAAGGACUUCACCACUCUAUCAAGUUCAGCCAUCGGCUCGGGCUACUGUUCCCAUGGCAUCACCAUAACAUAAGGAGUACUCUGCUAAAAGUCUUGUGUUAUUGUACUGUGUAAAGUUGGUUCUAUUUUCUUUGGAGCAACAUGGUGAGCAAGAAGAAGGAAGUAAAGUUACAGAUCAAUAUCAACAACCAGGAACUUUGGGAAGAAAUGCUCAGCUCCAAAGGAUUAACAGUGGUUGAUGUCUACCAAAACUGGUGUGGACCUUGCAAACCUGUGGUCAGUCUUUUCAGGAAAAUAAAACUUGAAGUUGGAGAUGACCUUCACUUUGCCACGGCAGAAGCAGACUCUCUUGAUAUUUUGGAGAAAUACCGGGGAAAGUGUGAACCUACCUUUCUUUUUUAUGCAGGUGGAGAAUUAGUGGCUGUGGUAAGAGGAGCAAAUGGACCAUUACUGCACAAAACUAUUCUAGAUCAGCUGGAUGCAGAGAAUAAGGUUUUGGAACAAGGCAUUGAACGGAAAGUGAUUAAAGAUGCAGCUCUUUCCAUUGAAGAAGAAAGUGUUUCCCAAGAUCAGGAGUAUGGAGAGGAAGAUGAAGUAGUGUCACUUGAAAAAUCCUGCACACUGGCAAUUAUUAAACCAGAUGCUGUGGCCCAUGGGAAGGUGGACGACAUCAUCCUGAAGGUUCAGGAAGCUGGGUUUGAAAUUUUAACUAAUGAAGAAAGAAUCAUGACAGAGGCUGAAACAAGAUAUCUAUACCAAAAAAGAUCUGAAGAGGAAAUAUUUGAAAAGCUAGUUCAGCACAUGUCUGAUGGGCCAUGCCGAUUACUCAUAAUCUCAUGGCCUGAAAAUGAUAAAGAUGUAGUUGCUGCCUGGAGAGACUUCAUUGGUCCAAGUGAUAUUGAAGUUGCCAAGAGGGAAAAUCCUGAAAGUCUCCGGGCUCAGUAUGGCACAAUAAUGCCAUUUAAUGCUGUCCAUGGCAGUGAAAACAGAGAACAAGCAAACAGAGAGAUUGAAUUUUUUUUCCCAAAUUUUAAAAUUUCAGGAAGUGAUGCUGACAAAGUACCAAGGGAAGAAAUUCUCCAGUGAACAAACCCAUGAAUUAAGAUUACUAUUCUCCAAAAAUGACUAGAGGCGGCAUCACAAGUUCUAAUUCAAAUUUGCCAUCUUCAGAUAUUGGAAAAAAUUAAAAAAUAAUUGCAUUUAUUUUUAAUUUAUGAAAUAAAACAAGUAUUUCCACAACAUAGGUUAUGGAAUAAAAAAAGGUGAUUACACAUGAAAUUGCAAAUCUAUUAUGUAUAACUUGCCAUUCCUUUUAAAUAUAUAAUAAAAUUAUGUAAUUUUU